CCAAGUGAAAGACAGAAAGACCCAUUACCGUGAAUUGGCGUGCCCCAGUAAAGCUUUCCGAUGUUUCUUUUACAAUCACCGAACUGAUAGUCUCCUUCUCACUCACGCUUAACACAAGCUAACCAGUGGCGGCCGCCGCUCUCUGUUUCUGAAGCGACAAUGGUCUGGAGUCUUUUCCCGGUUGAUCCUCACUCCGGUGAAGAAAAAUACUACAUCUACAGAAAGGGAACCUACAAAGUUGGCCGCAAAGGUUGUGAUAUAGUAAUCAGCAAAGACAAAGGCGUUUCAAGGGUCCAUGCAGAAAUCAUUGUUGAUGAAAUGAUUUCAAUGAGUAGACUUCCCGGAGGAUCCAACAUAUUAUCUCGUGUUAGGAUUAAAGACGGUUCAAAGUAUGGUACAUUCAUCAACAAGAACCAUGCGUCUAAUGAAAAGGUUCAUGAGCUACCCAGCAAAGAAACCACUUUAAAAGACGGGGACGUGGUUUGCUUUGGAACUGGUAAUGCAGCGUAUAGGUUUUCUUUUGUCCCCUUCGUCUUUUUUUCUGACAACCGUGGAAGCUAUAUGAUAAAAAUACUAAUGAAUUUAUGCACUCAUACUAUAGGUGCCUGUACCACUAUUGAGUUAAGCGAUGAGUGCACACAUGUACUAACUGAUCAGCUCGCGCCAGUGAGUGAACCUCUGAUUGAUGCUAUUGUGGCAAAAAAACCAAUUAUGCUCAUGAGCUGGCUGGAGUUGCUUGGAGAAAAAUGUAUUGGAUCAGAGAUUCCUAGUUGGAGCUCUAAUGUUCCGACGGUGGCAGUGGAAGGAGUCUCAGUCCAACUAGUAGACUCAAUCACUCGUUCAAAAUGCUUGGUAGGAUACAGUUUUAUACUGGAUCCGAGACAGAUGUAUCUGUUCGAGGAUAGACUACCUGCUCUAUUGGAAGUAGCUGGUGCAAAGACAGCUUCAGUUGAAGAAUUUUGUUCAAAUAGCCAAGUUGUGGAUUGUGGAGGUAGAAGUAGGGCUGUAUGUGUUACCACUAAAGCAUCAGCCCACAAGUUUGAUGACAUCACUGAGCUUAGUUCAUAUUCUAGAGUGGACGAGAUGGAUCUGUUGUGUGCUAUUCUGUCUGGACAUCUAGAUCUGUCGGUGUUAACACAACCAACUGGUCAGUAUACUCAUUUCUCUUGUGAAUGGUAUUCGCUUGUUCUAAACCAGUGGGUGUUGCUAAAGUGCACCAGCUAAGGAAAUCUCAAUAUGUUAUCUUCCAUGCAUUGAACCAAAAUGUGGUCCUCGUGUACGGUACCUAGUAUCAAGAUCAGGCACCGCGUUCUUUUACCUCGGCAAUCAGUGCCGUAUGACUAUAUACCCUUGUCUUGCCUAUUAGAUAUUUACAUUCUGAAAUUUCAAUGUCUACCCCCUUUGUAAUACUGUAAUUGACGUGACUACUUGAAAAAUGUCAUGCAAGACUGAUAUUAGUUUGUGCUGAACAACUAUUUCCAUCUGCGGGGAAUCCUGGCUACCUUACAUUAUCUUGCUAGUUGACAGAACUGUGACUCCUGAAGCUGGGCCCAGAAGAACAGCUUCAAGAUAGGGGAACAAGUUUUGGCUGUGUUCUUAUGCUCAUGUUAACAUUUACACAGUAGAACAUUUAUCCGAGAAGUCUGUUAAUUUAUUUUGCAAUGCUUUACAAGUUGCAGCUUUUCAUAUGUGUUCUCGAACCAUUCAUUUCAUUGCAGUGCAUGUAUCAUUGUCAUCCACCACGGAUGAGACAAUAGUAGCAGAUUCUGAUACAGAAGUAGAAGCUGAAAUGGCAACAUCAGUUCCUCCUGACGCCAAUAUUCUCAGCAGCAAAGUUGCUUCAGAAUCGGAGAACAAAGAGGCAUUAGCUCUGUUUAAUUGUACUGCCAAAAGAUUGGAGGAGACAUAUACGGUGCGCUCUGCACGUCAUGACGAUGCAAGCAUGACAACAAAAAUAGAAAAGGUUGAUUGUGACGAUGGAAAUGCAGAUAUCAUUUACAGCCAAGUAUUGAUAGUUAGAGGUUCGAAUUUAUCAGCUGCUGAAGCCAGUUCAGCUAAAGGAAGUGAAGUUCCAAACUUCAAAUGCUUCAGAAAGGUAGUGGAACUUUUUAUUUAUUUCAGUAUAGCUAUGGCCUCAAGCCUCUCAGUUUCUAUGAGCUCUUUGCAUUCCUGCAUUCCUGCCACCUCAGUCUCGAAGGGACUUUUUGGUUUCCACUUGCAAAGGAGGAACCCUGGUACUGGCUAUGGACUCUGAAAUUGAGAUUAUGCAGCUAGCAAUUUCCUUCAGCUGUUGCUCAGCUUCCAUCUAUUUUUCUUCCUGGAAUUUGAAAGUUCUUGAUUGAUGAAUUUAUGGGAAUAAUGAAUGCUGACAUGUAUUCAUUUCUUACAGAAGUGUAUCCAGUCAGGGAAUAGCUUUAGCAAUCUGAUUCCAUUCUCAAGAGAUCCUUACAAAGAGUCCAGCUAUGAUAGUACAGAGGUCCAAGCGGCGUUGAAAGAAGAGAAAAAGCGAAAGCAAAUGGAAGCGGUUGCAGAGGAUUUGUUUAACAAUGAAAGAGGAAAGAAGCGGGGCACGGCGGGUUCUAUUCAUGGUCUUCUCUCUCGUGCUCGUGCCCGUUGAUAACGAAGCACAAUUUCAGAAGGUUGCAUCCGCCAAAAACAAGUCUUCACUCACACUACGUUUGGCUAGAGGUGCAAUAGUGGGGUCGAAAUUUAGUGUAAAUGUCAUUUCCAAUGAAUUUACUCGUUUGAUUAGUUCGUAAUAGUAGUAGCCUAGUAGGGAAGCAAGUGAGGAGUAAAUUCACUAUUUCCCUUAAUCUUCCAAAUUUGAGGUACAAGAAAAAAGAAAAUAGGAAGAAGGGGUUAGUAUAUAAAAUUAUUAUUAUUAUUAUUAUUAUUAUUAUUAUAAGUAUUAUUAUAAUCAAAUAAUUCUAUUUUCAAUAAAAAACAUGCAAUGAUGAUGGUUAUUAUUAAGAUAGUAAGAAAGACUAUAAUUACUUUUCAAUCAC